UAAAUGUGCACACACACACACACAUACACACACACACACUUGUUUAAAUUGCAUGUUUCUCGUUUCUGCUGCUUGGGAAAAUUAUGUAUUCGACAUUUCUUCGGUGUCUAAUGAAACCGAUGAUGAAUUUUCAACGUGUAUGUUGUUUUCCAUACUAUUCAUCGCGAAAAUGGCACGUUACUGUCACGCUAUACUCAUCUGUUGACAUUUCGGUCCCGCGGGGUGCAACUUAAGAAGUCUAUUAUAUUUCAGCACAGAUCUCAAUCAGUACUCUUCGAGUUACCGAGUGACAUCCUUUCAUCGCAUCCUUGUAGAACAUAUUCGAGGAAGAAGUGCGGAAAGUGUGAAUCAUGGCUUCGAUAGAUUUAGUACCAUUUGAAGAAGAAUUGAAAAGAAAUCCUGAAUUGAAAGAAGCAGAUAUACAAAUGUUAAGAGAAUGGUGCGAAAAACAGCCUCAUCUGCCUAAAAUAUCAGACAGCGAAUUAGCAUUGUUCUUACACAGCAAUUAUUAUCGAUUGGAGCCAACAAAGAGUACCAUUGAUACCUUCUUCACGGUCAGAAGUCACGUACCUGAGUUCUUUUGCAAUCGGGAUAUUAUAAACAACAAAGAGCUCAAAAAAGCGUCGGAGGUUGUAACACAACAGAUUUUGGAAGGAUCUACUAAAGAGGGCUACAAAAUCAUCUUCGGAAGAUUGCUGGAUAGCGAGCCAUCGCACUUUGUUUAUAACGAUGCAAUGAAAUUGCUAAAUAUGACAAUAGAUUUGUGGCUCUACACGGAGGGUACCUGUGACGGCCACGUGAUAUUAUUUGACAUGAAAAACGUUUCUUUCGGCCACGUUGGCCGUUUGAGUCCUAUGGCACUCAAAAAGUUUCUUUACUAUUUACAAGACGGUUUGCCUGUCCGCCUCAAGGGUUUUCACUUUAUGAACGCUUCUCCGGUAAUCGAUGUUAUUCUAAACAUGAUGAGACCCUUUAUGAAAAAGCAGCUGAUGGAUAUGUUUCACAUGCAUACCACAAAUGACACUUUGGAGAAAUUCGUACCACUCGAAGUUCUUCCGAAUGAAUCGGGCGGUAAAGCCGGCCCGAUACAGGAAUUAUGCGACAAGCAGGUAAAGAGAUUGGAAGAUCACGUUGCUUGGUUUCAAGAGGAAGAGGCUAAUCAUCGCGUCAAUGAAGCUCUGCGACCUGGCAAGGCAAAGACAGCGACAGAUUUAUUUGGCGUUGAAGGAAGCUUUAAGAAGCUCGAGAUUGAUUAAUGGAAUAAUAAUAAUCUUUCAAUCUUUUAAUACGCACUUUGCGUUUUUAUCUUCGAGAUAAUCCAAUGUCCGAAGAUAAAAAUAUAGUCUAACAAUACACAUUUAUCAUAUUAUACACUAAUAUUUAGCAGUAUUUCAGUAUCAAUAUAGCAUUGAAUAUACAGUGUAGCGGUAGCAACACGUGAUAUUCUAAUUAAUAAUCGUUGAAAAAUUAUAUAUUAAAUAUAACAUAUAUAUAAUAAAAAAACACAUUAUACAAUUGCACUAAAAGUUUAAUUAUAGCAAUUAAAACAUUAUUAAUAUCAUAUUACUUUAA